GAUGGGGAUGUGGAGGUAGACGAGGAAGACGACCGCACGCCCGAGGAGCGCGCGAUCGAGGCGUGGUGGGACGAGUUCUUCGACUCGAUGAUAUACACCAUCCCCUUCUCGUUCCUCUUCCUCCUCCUCGACAUCGCUUGGCGUCCUCGUGUUCUACAGUGCGUGGCGAGGGGAAGGGAGCUCACAACAGCCAACCGCCACAUCGCCAGCUCCAAGCUGUGUCAGUUCUUCGCGACAGCCGCGUGCAUCGGCGCGUCGACGCGCGUCAUCUGGCUCAUCAACAAGGAGUCCUACCUCAAAGUCAUGCAGCAGGGCCCGGCGUGCGGCACCAUCUGGAUCGCGGCAAUCGUCAUGCUUCCUCUGGGGCGCGCGCUGCUCGCCCUCGCGGUGUGGUACGGGUAUGUGCGAUACAACCAGUUCAGCUUCAGUCCAUGA